CGGCCUGGUCUGUCUUCAUACUUCCUUCUUAAGUUAACUCUACUCAUACAAAAGUACUACUCUCUAGUCUCUUCACAAAUCAUUCAGACACAAAAAAAAGAAAGAAAACGAAAUAUGGAGAAAGGGUGGAGGUCUUGGUUGCCUUUAAUGGCUAUGGUGAUGAUGUUUCUUCAUGUAAAUUUUAUUCAUGGGGAAGACCCUUAUAGGUUCUACACUUGGAAUGUUACAUAUGGGGAUAUUUACCCUCUUGGUGUCAAACAACAGGGGAUAUUGAUAAAUGGGCAAUUUCCAGGACCACCUAUUCAGUGUGUGACCAAUGACAACUUGAUUAUCAAUGUUUUCAACAAUUUGGAUGAUUCCUUUCUCAUUUCCUGGAAUGGUGUCGAGCAGAGGAGAAAUUCAUGGCAGGAUGGAGUCUAUGGUACUAAUUGUCCCAUUCCACCAGGCAAAAACUUCACUUAUGUUCUCCAAGUCAAGGAUCAGAUUGGUAGUUUCCACUACUUUCCUUCCCUUGCUUUCCACAAAGCAGCAGGAGGAUUCGGUAGCAUAAAUAUUGCCAGUCGCUCCGUGAUUCCUGUUCCUUUUCCUCCUCCUGCUGGAGAGUUCUCCAUACUGACUGGAGAUUGGUUCAAACAAAACCACAGUGACCUCAAAGCAAUUUUGGAUGGUGGACAUGAUCUUCCCUUCCCUGACGGGCUUCUUAUUAAUGGACGUGGAUCAAAUGGUUAUACGUUCACCGUUGAUCAAGGCAAGACUUACAGAUUCAGGAUAUCAAAUGUUGGUCUCACGACUUCCGUUAAUUUCAGAAUCCAGGGGCAUAAGAUGACGGUAGUUGAAGUAGAAGGGACUCACACUGUGCAAAAUACAUAUGAUUCCCUUGAUAUCCAUUUGGGACAGUCCUACUCUCUGUUAUUAACAGCAGAUCAACCUGCACAAGAUUACUAUAUUGUUGUCUCGACACGUUUCACAUCUCAGGUGCUCACAGCUACGUCUACUCUUCAUUAUAGUAACUCAGCAGGAAGUGUUACUGGCCCUCCUCCUGGUGGACCAACAGUUGAAAUUGAUUGGUCUUUCAAUCAGGCCCGAUCUCUGAGGCGUAAUCUAUCAGCUAGUGGACCGAGACCUAACCCUCAGGGUUCCUACCACUAUGGACUGAUUAACACCACACGCACAAUUAGACUUGCGAAUUCAGCUCCAAUCAUCAAUGGGAAGCAAAGAUAUGCUAUCAACAGCGUGUCAUUUGUUCCAGCAGAUACACCACUUAAACUUGCUGAUCACUUCAAUAUUCCCGGGGUCUUUACCCUUGGAAGCAUGCCAGAUAGCCCUACUGGAUCCGGUGCUUACCUUCAGACAUCCGUUAUGACUGCUGAUUUUCGAGCUUAUACUGAGGUUAUAUUUGAGAAUUUAGAAGACAGUGUGCAGUCUUACCACAUUGAUGGACACCAUUUCUUCGUUGUGGGAAUGGGUCAAGGAGAGUGGACUCCUGCAAGCAAAUUAACAUACAAUUUAAGGGACACAAUUUCUCGUUCAACAGUUCAGGUAUACCCGAAAUCCUGGACUGCACUAUACAUGCCAUUAGACAAUGUGGGAAUGUGGAACAUAAGGUCUCAGAAUUGGGCUCGUCAAUAUUUAGGACAACAAUUUUAUCUGCGAGUUUAUUCACCUGUAAAUUCGUGGAGAGAUGAAAAUCCAAUUCCCAGCAAUGCUCUUCUGUGUGGAAGAGCAUCAAGCUGAGGAACUUUGCACCAGUAAUUGGAACAACCUGCAGAUUUGUUACAUGAAGGUGACUAGGCUUCAAGUAGUUGUUACCAAUAUUGUGCUCAUUGAAAUAAUUCAAUUCUUUAUUUUAUUAAGUUAUCUUUGGUUCAAGUGAUUUUUUCCCUUUAAGUC